AUGCCUGGCAGCAACCCUAUCCGCAAAAAGCAAAGUGAGGUGAUCAUCCGUGCCACCCGGAUGCCAUCUUCUUCCCCGCCGACUGUUCCGGGCCUGACGAGCGGGUCGGAGUCUGCGUCGAUCUCGUCGGUGGAGACGAGGUCUGAUGGCGGGUCGGUCGUGAUGUUUGCUCCCAUGUCUGGUCGGGUCCUCGGUCCUGCUUUUGUGGCGAGAGGUGAGCGGGACUCUGGACUAGAGGAGAGUGGCAUGGCGCCCGUUAUCACGGGGAGGACGGGUGGGCGUGUCCGCUCACAAGCAUCGUCUUCGUCGUGGAGUACAGCCGCGCCGUCGGUGAGUUCUGCGGUUCCGUCGUUGGCGGGUUCAGAUAUAAAUCUGAAUGCGAACCCGAGCACGGAUCUGGAUCUAGAUCCGAGGCCCGUCGAAUCUGGGAUUUAUGCAUGUCUUUUCCACAUGCUGGACUGCCAUGAUACCUUCGACGAUGCCAUGCAGUGGAGGACUCACGUCCUAAGUCAUUUCCGCACACACCCACCACCACGAACAGCACGAUGCCCCCUCUGCCCAGACACAGAGUUCAUCGACCAAGACCCAGGCUCAGACCGAUCCUCUCUACCCAGUCCGACAUCACAAACUGAUACGAACACUUUCAACCCCCCACCCAGAAUGGAAGUCUCCUCCCAAGACCACCCUUCCGCAUGGGACCGCCUACUCAACCACGUCGCCGCAGACCACUACCAGCAUGGCCAGACGCUAGCCGGGAGUAGACCCAAUUUCGAGUUGAUGCGCUACCUGUACGGACGACGGAUCAUUUCGGAUGCCCAGUUCAAGGCGAUGCAGCUUGCGCCUGCGCCGUCGAGUCCGGCAUAUCACCGCUCGCAGGAUGGCGUGCGUGCUAGCAUUGGGUCUGCGGAUGAGCCGUAUUGUGCGCCGUAUAGUCGGCGGAGGGAGGAGAGGAUGCGUGGGCAACAGAGGGGGGUUAGUGUGGUGUUAUGA